CAACGCACUCAAAUCAGCUCUAACGAAGGCAAUAUACUCCUUGCCAUGUCUGCUAUCGAAUCGCAUCAAUUUUCUUCUAUCUCGGCUGCUGCGAAGGCCUUCAACAUCUUAAAAGCUACCCUUACCCGAAGAGUCAAUAGAGGAAUUUCAAGAGAGUGUUUUACACCACGUAAUAAGAACCUUACACAGGCUGAAGAGGAGGUACUAGUCAGAGAGAUACUUAAGCUGGAUUCUCAAGGACUA